UAGUUUAAUUCAAUUAAAAAUUAAUGAACCAAGUGAUAUAGGACUUGAAUUGAUACCAUACAAUCAGUUUAAUAAAAUUAGAAAUAUAGGCAAAGGACAUUUUGUUACAGUAUAUUCAGCGACAUGGAAACAUGAGGUUGCUUUAGUAUGUUUUAAUGAUUCACACAAAUUUCUAAAUAAGGUUAAAGAAUCUGAUAAUAAUUUUAAAAUAUAUGGGAUAUCUCAAAACCCGAAUCAAGGGGAUUACAUUCUGGUUCUUCAAAGUGAAUAUUGUACAGAAUAUGGUAAAACAUAUUGCAAAAAUUGUGGUGGAAAAUAUGAUCAUAUUGAUCAUACAUGGUGUAAACAAUGUCUAGUAACUGCAACUUCUAUUAACAGUGGAAAUGAAAAAAUUGAUGAUUUAAUUGAAGAAAUGCGAUUAAAGAUCAAUUCUCAUUUAAAUAUAAUAUUUGAAUGGAUACCAUAUAAUCAAUUUAAUUACAUUAAAGAAAUAGGUAAAGGUGGAUUUGCUACAGUUUAUUCAGCAAUAUGGAAAGAUGGUCCAUUAAAGUAUAAUGUUAAUGAAGAAAUGUGUACUAGAGUUCCAAAUAAAAAGGUUGCUUUAAAGUGUUUAAAUAAUUCACAAAAUAUGAUUGAUGAAUUUUUCAAUGAGGUUAGAGCAUACUCAAUUAAUAAAAUAGAUGAUAUUCUUAAUGUAUAUGGAAUAUCUCAAAAUCCAAAUACAAAAGAUUAUAUUAUAGUCAUUGAAUAUGCAGAUGGUGGAAGUUAUAAUAAUUGGAUAAGCAUAAAUUACAAAGAUUUUGAUUGGAGAAAUAAAAUACAAACAUUACUUAGUAUCAUUGAAGGUCUCAAAGGAAUUCAUAAAAAACAGAAGGUUCAUCAUGAUUUUCAUACAGGGAACAUAUUGUUUUUAACAAAAAACUUAAAUAAUCUUAAUAGGAAAUCAUUAUUUAUAUCAGAUAUGGGAUUAUGUGAAGAUGUGAAUAACACAAGUGAUAUAAAAACUUAUGGAGUUAUCCCUUAUAUAGCGCCUGAAGUAUUAAGAAGAAAACCUUAUACUCAAGCAGCAGAUAUAUAUAGCUUUGGUAUGAUUAUGUAUUUUACAGCAACUGGAAAGCAACCUUUUGACAAUUGUGCACAUGACCAUCAUAUAACAUUAGAGAUAUGCAAAGGAAUUAGACCUAAAAUAAAUGAGCUGGAAGAACCAAAAUGUUAUAUUGACUUAAUGAAAAGAUGUUGGGAUUCAAAUCCAGAUAAUAGACCAAAUGCUACUGAAUUAAAUAUUGAGAUUAAGUCAUUUUAUGAUUUUUAUAGAUCAUAUAAAAAAGGCAAUUUAAAUGCAACUGAAAUUAGAAAGCAAUUUAAAGAAGCAGAAGCUUACAGAAAAUUACAUCUCUCUUCUUUUAAGGAAAACAAACAACAUCCAGGAGCUAUUUAUACAUCUCGAUUACUUAACCCUUUUACAAAAGAUCUUCCUAAGUACGAUAAUGAUAAUUCCGAUUGUUUAAGUUGUGCAAUUAUUGCUGAUUGAUUAUAUUAAUAAUCAUAUGAUAUA